AUGUCGAUCCGGUCUAGUAGUUGCACAACAACCACCGAUCCGAAUACCCCGAUUGCUUCCCAAGCCGAGUCUCCAUCAUCUCGCCAACUCACAACCGACCGCGAACACCGGAACGCGCUUUAUUUAUGCAUCGAUGGUGGGGGAACGAAGACGAAUGUGUCGAUAUCUGGAAGGAGUGGAGAGGACGGGGAGUUGAGGAUCCUCAGCCAAGGCCAAGAACGCUCGUCGAACUACACGGGCGUAGGACUAGAGCAAGCGAUCCUCUCGAUCGGGGAAGCGACGAUGAGCGCGCUGCGUUCGCUACCGGACGGGACGGGAUCGAGCGAGGCCCGAGGCUGGACAUACGAGGGUUUCCAGAGCGUCGGCUGCGCCUUCCGGCCGGCGCCGUUCACGCGGAUCUGGGCCGGCUUGAGCGGGGUGGAUGGGCCGGAAGACCAUCGGCUGCUCCACGCCGGGUUGACCAACCUCUUCGGCCUCUCCGGCGAGCCGACCAAGCUCAAGCUGACCAACGACUGUGACCUGCUGUGUAGCGCGAUCGAACGCGUCUACAAGGCCAACCAUCGCUCCCCCGAUUUGCCCUGUUUGGGCGGGAUCGUCUUGAUCGCUGGGACCGGAAGCAUCGCGACUGCCUUUGGCCCAUCGACGCCUCCCCCUCAACACCCAUCCGGUCCCUCAGAGAGUCUGCUAGAACCGCUGGGUCGGAUGGGCGGAUACGGCUAUCUUCUUGGCGACGAAGGGUCUUCGUACUAUGUGGGCCUAGAGACGAUCAAGGAGCUUUUGAGCUUCUUCGAUCGCCACCAAGAGCCCAGGACGAUUUGGUCGCAAGACAGCUUGGAGGCGAGCGGGCAAGAUCGAAAGCUGACGAGGAGAGGGAAGCCGAUGGAAGUCGAGGACCAGAGGAUCGAAAGCUCGAGCCUGAUGGGUCCAGUGCUGGCGCAUUUCGAGAUCGAGCGGCUCGAGGAGCUGUUAGCCGCGGUGUAUUCGAUCGCCAAUGAACACGAGCGGAAGGUGCGGAUCGCCGAGCUGUCGCGACUGGUGAUGAGGGCGGCGUUCGAGGGCCCGGCGCCGGACGGCUUUGCGCGCCGGAUCCUCGAGCGUGCCGGGCUUCGGCUCAGCGAGCUGGUCUGUCGGCUCUGCACUCUCUACGAACUCCUCCCUAAUCAAUCCGUCCUUUGUCUCGGUGGCGGGAUGUGGUCGUACACCCAGUUCAGAGACUUGGUCAUCCAUACUAUGCGCAUCAACUGGAACGCUCAUUGGGGCUGGGUCGAAACUAUCCAUCAGCCUGAUCAAGUGGCUGCCUUGUCUUUUGUUUAA